AUGAGCACGCAGCGAGGGAACAUGAAAAAGCGCGCGCCCAAGCACCAGAACUCGUUCGCAUUUCGACACAAUCCCAAGUCCAAGAAGACGGAGCGCAUCUUGUCGAUGCCUGUCCAUGGACUGUGUGAAAAGUGCCGCCAACAGAUCGAGUGGCGCAAGAAGUACCGCAAGUACAAACCGCUGACCCAGCCAGGCUCUUGUAUCUUUUGUCACCAGAAAAGCGUGACGUCUGCGUAUCAUUCUUCAUGUGACACUUGUGCCAAGGAGCGAGACAUUUGUGCCAAAUGCUGUUUGACCAAAGACAUUGUCGUGAGUAAGCACGACUUGCUAGUGGAACACGAGAAAAAAGAGCGCGAGUUUGAGGAUACAAUCGAGGGAAUGCGAGAGCGGGAUCGUCGGGCGUAUUUGCGCAAGAUGGAGAAGGAACAGGAUGCAAUCACUAGUGAUGAGGAAGAUUAG